CAGCGACAAGAACAGAGUCAAUCCUCGAACAAAAGCAUCAAGAACCGGAACAGCAACAAGAAGAAGACUCCCCUGCGUCGAUCCUCCGCCCGCCACGAUCCUCCAACGGCGGCGACAGAAUAUAGGCGGAGGAGUCUACGGCCGCGACGGCGGAGGCUGCGAGGAGAAGAGGAGAGGAAAGGCGAAGAAGAAGCUGCCGGAGGCGCUGGGGAUCCGCCGGCGGCGGGAAAGCGUCAAAUUAGGCGGCGUUCGGUGCGCGUCGGCGAAUGUCGGUUUCCGUUCUCAACGUUUGCGAGCGCGACGCAGAGGAAGAUCAAGGUGCAGUACGAUGAGCUCGUCGGGUCUAAUCAGGCCAAACAGCUGACCAUGGCUCAGGUUGGUCGAUUUGUCAAUUGUCUAGUGGAAGCAAGAAAUGAAUUGCAGCACAGGUCAGAGGUCAUCCAACGAAGUUUUAAAAUAAAGAAGGCAUUAUUGGUCAAGGCAGAUAGAUCUUCAUUUGAUCGCCUUUGCCAACAGAUGUACAAGCUAGAGGCAGAGCAGAAGAGGCUAGAGGAGGAUGCAGCUGUUUAUAAUCUAAUACAGGAACAGCUUAAGCUUUCACCUGCAUACAAAACGAUGCUUGAAGUCGGUGCUAACAUGGAGCUCAAGGGCAGACAGAAUCAGGCAGCGGACAUGGACUUCUGUGAUAUCUCGUUUGAGGAGUUAUUAGCCCAGGAAAAGAAGGAUUCAUUUUGGCAGAGAAAUGGCAAGCUGAGAUCUUUUGCUAGCUGAAGGAUUAAUCGCUCUGAAGCUUUUGAUGCUAGAGAGUUUCUUACUUCUUCCUUUUUUCAGCUGCAUAUUGCCUUCGCUGAGUUUGCUAGAAGAAACCCUGUGGGAGUAUUUGAAGGGAAGCAGAAUGUAACACUAAUCACCUUUUGUCUUAUAACAGACGGCACACUGCCAGUGUAAAGAAAACUGAUCUUUUUACAUUACUGGGAUUUGUUUGCUAAUUUUUAACAUUUAGUUAAUGAUCGUGGCUAAUUUGUUA